AUGGGCUCGCUGUACGGGCUUCAGGGCAUGACAGCGGCAACUGUCGCCAGUCAGUAUGAGGACUUGCUUCGACAUUUUGACAAAUGCGGAUACCCACCAGAUGUUAACUAUCUGUUUCUCGGAGAUUACGUCGAUAGAGGCAAACGUUCGCUGGAGACAAUAUGUCUGGUGCUGGCCUACAAGAUCAAAUACCCGAACAACAUUUUCCUGUUACGAGGCAACCACGAGUGUGCUAGCAUCAAUAGAAUCUACGGUUUCUACGACGAAUGCAAGCGACGCUACAACAUUAAGCUCUGGAAGACGUUCACUGACUGUUUUAACUGCCUGCCCAUCGCGGCGUUGGUAGAGGGCACGAUACUGUGCAUGCACGGUGGAUUGUCGCCCGACCUGCAGAGCCUGGAACAGUUGGUGACGCUGUUCAGCGCGCCCAACUACUGCGGCGAGUUCGACAAUGCAGGGGGCGCCAUGAUCGUGUCUGAGGACCUGACCUGCUCCUUCAGUAUACUGCCGCCUGACAAGGGAAAAGUGAUUGCAGCAAACAGUAAAGGCAAGAAGGACAAGAAGUGA